ACUGGAAUAUGGUGAUCCUUCCACAGAAAUCGAUAAAUCAACGAGCAAAUGCAUGAGAAGGAGACUAAUCUAAAUCGUUCUACCUCAGUCCUCUGGAAACCUGGAUGCUUUUUGUCAUUCUGAUGGUAAAUGAUGAGACAGGCAACCAUGGAUUUCAGCACUCCGUCUGUGUUUGAUCAGCAAAAAGGUGACUCAUCUGAAGAAGUCGACCUGACCAUGGUUUAUCAGGCAGCUUCUAAUGGAGAUGUCAAUGCUCUGACUUCAGUAAUUCGGGAAGACCCUUCCAUCCUAGAAUGCUGUGACAGUGAAGGAUGUACACCCUUGAUGCAUGCGGUUUCUGGACGUCAAGUGGACACAGUGAAGCUGUUGUUGAAGAUGGGGGCCAAUAUUAACAUGCAGGAUGCUUAUGGUCGCACAAGUCUAUGCCUGGCAACCUAUCUGGGUUGGCUGGAAGGCUGUGUGAGUCUGCUUAGAAAUGGUGCCAAGCACAAUAUCCCAGAUAAAAAUGGCCGUCUGCCACUGCAUGCUGCCACUGCUGAGCCCGAUGUGAGGCUCCUAACAGUCUUGGUGCAACGGUCAAAUCUCAGCGAGAUUAAUCACCAGGACAAUGAGGGAAUGACACCGCUCCACUGGGCAGCUUUCCACAACCAGCCUCAGCAUACUCAAAUGCUGCUGAAGAAGGGAGCAGACCCCACACUUGUGGAUAAAGACUUUAAAACAGCUCUCCACUGGGCAGUGCAGAGUGGAAACAGAAUCCUGUGUUCCAUUAUCCUGAGCCACCACCAAGGGCCGUCCAUUGUCAACUACGACGACGAGAGUGGGAAGACGUGUGUGCACAUCGCAGCGGCGGCGGGCUUCAGUGACAUCAUUAAUGAGCUGGCCAGAGUGCCUGAGUGUAACCUGCAGGCUCUGGAUGUGGAUGACAGGACCCCACUGCACUGGGCUGCUGCUGCAGGGAAGGCAGACUGUGUCCAGUCACUGCUGGAUCUGGGCAUGGACAGCAACCUGCGGGACACCAAGGAGAGCACACCCCUGGCCUAUGCCCUGUACUGCGGCCACGCGGCCUGCGUCAGACUCCUCUCCCAGGAGAGCAGAACAGAGCCUGCUCGACCUCUUCCUUCCCAGAACAGUAGACCCCAGAAGAAGGAGGGACGAUUCAGCAUGCUCAACCAAAUCUUCUGCAAAAACAAAAAAGAAGAGCAGAGAGCCUAUCAUAAGGAUCACAGCAGGGAUCGACACAGGGGGGAGCUCACCUCGGAAGUUGAUGACAUCAUCACUACCUUUGACAGCAUCACGGAGACCAACUGCCAAGAAGAGCCUGCUGGUCAGGUGGCUAUGAUUGACUUUAAGAAGCGGACCUCGGAGAAUUCAAAAUAUCUCUUGCCAGAAAAGAAGCCUCUGGCCCAUAAGGGGCUUCCACCAAUCAGAACGCAGAGUCUCCCACCCAUCACCCUGGGCAAUAACUUCCUCACGGCUUCCCAGGGGGCCACUUCCCAAGCCGGCCUGAACUCCGGUACUCAUCAGAUGGCCCAGAGAUCUCAGAAAAGCCGAAGCGAGCAGGACUUACUGCACAACAGAACUGGCUGCCAGACGUUGCUAGAUCACCCCUGGAGAGGUGAUUCCAACCAGGUGUUCUGUAAAGCCUGGACUGUGUCUUCUUCUGAUAAGCUGCUAGACAGAUUGCUCACCAGCAAGGCUGGUCACCAGGAGGUCUUGGGGCUGUCCCAACUUCCUCACCUAUACAAUCCUUCAUCAGGACAAAAUUUUCAGCAUCUGUCCCCAAACAGACCCCAGAUCAGGGACCUUCCUAUCACCCGGAACAACCUAGCUCCUCUGCCAGACCAAAAAUUUCUGUCUGGAGGACCUCUGCGGACAAACCGAGUGCUUCCUGCUAUUCCAAGCCAACGGGGACAUAGCACAGCAGCCAAGGACAGAGAAAGCUUGGCCAAUCCCGCCACUGAUGAAAAUUAACUGUGGGUCACCAGCUGUAAAAAUAGAGAUGACAUAUAUUUUCAGCCGUCAAAGAAUGAGAUUACUCUAGUUUGUGAGAACAAAGAGUGAUGUAGUAAAUUGCGUUCUAGAAGCCAUUCACAGUUUUGUAACUCCUUAUUCCAAUGAUACUUCCCAAAGAAGUGCUUGGAAUCUUUGACUGUAUGUAUGUUUUAAGUCUGUGAGUUUCUGUGGUGUCUCCAUGCCAAAAUAAAAAGUCACAAUAUGUUAUCAGCAGGGAGACUUUGCUGUGUUUCGUUUGCAUUGUGGCA